AUGAGCGUAGCGCUGGGCAAGAGUCUCGACGCCGGUGGAGGACCUUCCUCGGCAGCUCACACUCGUAGUGUUCAGCGGAAGAACUCAGAGACUCUUGCUGCUCUCCAUUCCGCGCGGUCUAUAUCGUUUCCGGAUGCUACGCCGUCCGCUCUAUUAGCAGCCAGCAACCGGCGGUCGCAAAGCACGCUCAUGGGACCGUCGACGUCGUCUGGGAUUGGCAACAUCCUCGAGCCUGGUGCGAACAGCCUUGUGUCCACAUCAGCAGCAUCGAGAAUGCAACUGCGGCUUGCUACUUCCUCAUCCUCGCCUGCUCGAACACGGUCAAAGAGCGUGCCAGCUACGCCAAAAGGUCUUGCAGCGCCUGAUCAACGAAACAAGCUGCUAUCAUUCUUGCCUGGCGUACUGCCAGAUGGAAGACUUUCGGCAGCAGAGAUCCCACCACGUACCUCUUCACAUUUCUAUGAACCCUUUUUCGCCCCUUUCGAGGGCAAGGAGACCACUCCACCGUUGUGGAGACGCGAAAGGCCGAUCAGCGGAGCUGGUGGCAGUGGUCGCAUCAGUGCACUGUCGCACAUAUGGAGCAGCGGGGACUGGUUUACGACGCAGCAGCUGCUCGAAGGGAUCGAGAUGGAUCGUCGUGACUACGGUGAGAAUGCGCCAGACUUGCGAUCUUACUCCACCUUGUUCGCAGCCCAGACGAGGGCCGAGAUGCUGCACCAUCUGGAAGCGCUCGACGCUCUACAGCCUCGUUUGCCCGCGGAUAUCAAAGCUUUACGGCCUCUUCGUCUGCGGUCCACCCUCGCGCAGGUGCAUCAUCGACUAGCGCUGCUAGUGUCGUAUGCGCACGUCCCAGCGACCAUCUUUCUGGACUACAACGCCAUUUACACGCUCGUGCAAUUGGCAAUCUUUCCUUCAACGCCGGGCACAGCCGUGGCUUGGUGGGUUGCUGCAGGUGUCUAUGCCGCAUUCACCAUCUUCUGGCUCGCAGGAAUCGUGGUGAUAUGGGAAGGCUUGGUCGCGUACCGGCGUGUUUGGACAGAGCGUGAGUACAUCUGUGAUUCCUUGAAAGAGGCGAUCGCUGAGCCGCGACGCACCUCAUGGUCCUCAAUUAGCACGACCCGCGGUUCUGCCAAUCUACUUGUCAAGCGCCGUCUUCACCUUAUCGUCUAUCAGAUCUUUUUCGCUGUAUUCUCUACUCUAUCGAGUCAGAUGCUCUGCACGCCCGGUCGAUGCAGCAUUGGAGACGAUGUGGUACUACCGCCAGAGUGAGUCGGACUCCUGCGCGUGUCACGGGUGGAGGGAACAAGCUAACGCGGAACAUUCCAUCAUUGCCAGAUUGGCCCACAGUCGCCACCCUAGCGCCUCGCGCGAUCAUAUGUGCAGUCGUUCUGGCGCUCUACCAUCCAUUCAGUCCCUUCGCCGCGCUGAAUGGCAGGGACAGCACCUACUUAUCUCAAGAACGCGAUGAGCUGACGAGCUUUGCGUACGUUGUACUCAUCAUCAACGCCUCCUGGGCAGCUUGGCGAUUGCUGCUUGUGCUGGCGUCAGCAACGCUACUCUUUGUGGGUGAGCGAUACCAAAGGCGGCGUGCGACAGAGGAUCGUCGUGCAGCGUCCACAGGCACAGAUCGUCGUAAUAGCGCAUAUCGCGAUUUCGAUGACGCGCGAACUCAAUCCAGAGCUCAUAGCAGGACCGGGCUGCUGGCCUUCACAAAGAGAGAUGUGGAGAAUGGCUGGCGAAGCAGAGCUCAAGAUCGGGUUCGCGAUACAUUAUUGGAAUUUGGUCUGA